CCCUUGGGUGAACUGAGCAGUGCAGUGCAUCAGUCGCUAUAAGAAUUUCGCUUCCUCUGUAUGUGUGACGGCUAAACUAUAGAGCAGAAUGGAUUGGGAAUUCGAAGGAGAGCGCAAAUUGAGAAAGCAGAGUCGAAGGAAUUACAACUACGACACAGAUGAUAUUAUCGAAGGGAAACGAACAUUUAGCGUCGAGGAAAAGCUAAACAGUCCUAAAUUCACGGAGGGAGAUUUCGUGCAGAAACUCACAGGAGAUGAAUUAAACCUAAAGUUUAUACAAGAAAACGGCUUUUCCUUUCCCAUGGUAAUCAAACACCCAGACGGGUUAGAUAUGCGGGUUCCACGGGAAGACUUUUCAGUAGAAGAUGUCAAGAAUUUUGUCGGAGCUCGAAGAAUGGUGGAUGUGAUCGAUGUCAACACUCAGCAAGCGUUAGAAAUGACUUUACAACAGUGGGUGAAAUAUUUUACGAGUCCAGAGCGUGAGGAUAUCUAUAAUGUUAUCAGCUUGGAGUUUAGCCACACGAAAUUAGAAGAUUUGGUCGAGCCUCCUAAAAUGGUUCGUGAAAUGGACUGGGUGAAUGUCGUGUGGCCCCAACAUCUCAUCGAGCAACAGAGAGAUUCAACAAAUUCUUUAGCAGAUAUGAAGUAUCCUAAAGUUAGAAAGUACGUGUUGAUGAGUGUUGGUGGCUGCUACACCGACUUUCACAUAGACUUCGGUGGCACCUCAGUGUGGUACCACAUAAUGAGAGGCAGGAAGGUUUUCUGGCUAAUUCCACCCACUGAGAAGAAUCUCCAUUUGUACGAACAGUGGGUGCUAUCUGGAAAACAACAAAAUGUUUUCUUUGGUGAUCAAGUGGAGAAAUGUUGCCGCACUUAUUUGGAGAAAGGAGAUACGUUCUUGAUUCCCACAGGGUGGAUUCAUGCCGUGUUUACCCCUGAGGACUCGCUUGUAUUCGGCGGGAAUUUUGUGCACAGUUAUAACAUCCCGGGACAAAUUAAAAUCAGUCAGAUCGAAGACAAUACCAAGGUCCCUCUGAAGUUCCGGUACCCGUUUCUACCUCAAAUCAUGUGGUACGCCGCUGACAAGUAUGUCCGAUUGUUGGAACAAAAUAAAAAAGAACUAGGUUUGAAAUCGCCCAUCAAAACCGAUAGCAAGGAAGUUACUUCCGCUUUAAAGAAAAAAGACGCAUCUGGCUUGAAAGGGAAAACUUCUGGUAAACGAACAAGCAAGAAGGAUCCGCGAGAAGUGGACGAGAAAGCUAGUAAUGGCACACAUGGAGAAAAUGACGAGGACGACACAACAGAGACUACAGGGCGUAGGAGAUCAAGCCGGGUCGCGCGAAACGAGGCCAUCGCCAAGCAAGCUCAGGAGAACGCCGAGAAGAAGACCAGUACGAAAGGUAAAGAAGAGGAACCUGAUACAGAGGAAGGGAAGAAAAAGAGGGGGAAUCCUAAGCGACAAGCUAAGGACAAAGAGGUGAAGGUGGAAGUGAAUGGGGAAACUCACGAUGAAGAAGACGACAAAGAGAAGACUGAGGGUGAAGGGAAUGAAGAAGAUAACAAGACUCCUUGGAGUCGGGUGUAUCUUACACGAUUUGAAGUUGAUGGGCUGACUAAGCUGAUAGAAAGACUGAGGGAUUGGCCUCAAGCUCAAAAGAACGUUCCUAAGACUUUAGAGGACCCCGAAGGAGUGUUGCAGAGAUUAGAGGACCUUCUUGAAUUACAUCGGGACGAUGACCCUGAGCUUGCAGCUUCAGGGUUGCAACAUCUGUUGCAGAUUGACAAACCAGUAGUGAAAAAACCUGUAGCAAGGAAGCAAGGUCCUAGGGGACCGAUGCUCGGUACAAAAGUCGGCCCAGGAAUCAGACGCCGGCGCACUCGCUGCGGGCAGUGUGAAAAUUGUCAACGAGAGGACUGUGGCGAGUGCCGUACAUGUAAAGAUAUGAAGAAAUUUGGAGGGGCAGGAAGGAUGAAGCAAUCGUGUCUUCUUAGAGCGUGCACUGACCCUAACCUGCCCACUUGUGUGAAGUGUUUAAUGUGCAAUCAGGUCAACACGGAGGAUAAUCCGCUCAUGGAGUGUCGUUUCUGUGGUGAGAUCGUUCACCCACCUUGUCUGAAAGACAUCAAAGGGCUUUGUAAGAUUGUUACUGAGAUCAAUAACUGUUGGGAGUGUCCUAAGUGUUGCAAAGAUGCAACGGCGACGUCUGUCGAUGAUCUUCCAAGUAUUCCAGCAAAGAAAAGAAAGGCAAGUCCAAUCAAAGAGUCUGCUAAAAAGAGGAGCAAAAUGGAGAGCGAGUCCUCAGACGGAGAAAGUGACGAGUUUUCUGUGAAUGUUUCCGAUGAAGUGACUUCACGGCCCCGCCGUCCUGUUGUAGUACCCAGACCUCCACCUGGCCCUCCGCCAGAAGUACAUCCUAAACUUGUGGUUCGUCCUUGCCCAGUCUCUCCUCCUCCUCAGUCUUUCACGCUGGACAGUGGUCAAAGUCACGUGAUGGACUGUCAGCUCUGGCUUUCAGUGUUUAGCUUUCUCUCCCAACCCGAGCUCUGUCUGUGUAUGCGCGUAUGUCGCACCUGGAACCGCUGGUGUAUGGAUCGCCGUCUCUGGUCAGUGAUCGAUUUAUCAGAAAAGAAAGUUGUGACCCCUUCGGCCCUGAGGGGGAUUGUACGGCGCCAACCUUCAACUCUAAACCUGAGCUGGACAAACGUUACUUUUAAGCAACUGCAAUGGCUCCUGAACCGUCUGCCGAGAAUAAGAGAGCUUUAUCUGAGUGGCACAACGGAAGCGACGGCGUAUGCGCUUUCCACUGUCAUCUGCCCUCGUUUGAAAGUCCUGGGGCUGAGCUGGUCCGUAGGAAUCACUGACUCACUGAUGAAAGAACUUAUUUUACCUGUUUCUGACUCACUUACGGCUCCAGGGGACAACAAAAGCCCUCUUCUAAGAUUAUCCACUCUCUUUCUUUCCGGUAGUGACAUCACUGGUUCGACUCUUCGUUUGCUGGUGCAACAUUGCCUUGACUUGAAGAAGCUGGACCUGAGUUUCUGUCCCGGAAUAACUGAUCAAGAUAUUGAAAGUGUCUGUGGACAGGCAUCGAUAAAUGAAUUUCUUCUGAGUGGCUGCGCUAAGCUGUCUGAUAAGUGCUUGUCCUUUUUGAGGCUCUUUCCGUCGCUUAUCCGUCUUGACUUGCGCUCUUGUAAUGGGGUCACUUCCGAUGCCGUUCAAGAGUUUGUAAAAACUCGCAAGGAUUUGCUGAAAAUUCUGGAAGGAAAACUCAUUGUAAAUAUGUAAAUACGACUGGCUGUUAUGCCCUGCAUUGGCCUAACCUCUGCUUGAUCUAACUCAAAACCCAAGAACGUUUUCUUCAGAUACAACAACCUUCGCACGCCCAUUCGUAUCGUUCCUAAGCAUUCAUUCCCACGUUUUCUUUGUUGGUUGUGUGUCUUUAGUAUCACUUACAUUUUCACUCAUUAAGUUCAGUUCGACGUAGAAGGGGUUAUAUUACUGUAAGAUGAAGACGGAGGGUUGACCGAGGGUACAACGAUCUUGGCGAAUUUUUUUUCUGUUUUGUUUUGUUUUAUUCUUUAGCACAACAAUUUGUUCAACCUAAUUAUUCUACUUCGAAUUUUUCCUCUCAAAGCAUUUUAUUUUCCUUGUACUGUAGCUUGUGUACCAGCCUGUCGUUAUGCGUCCAUUUUAUUUUCACAAUGCCGGACUCAUGUAAACACAGGCUAUCUUUCGUCGAGAAAAACGUCCACCUCAAUAUUCAACUCUUACUCCUACAGAAAGUUUGCCACACGCUUAUAAGUUAAGGAGAAUUACAAAGAAUGUUUUUGUGCCUGAGAGCUUUUUCAUCAUCGUAAAUGUUUAGGCUCAGUCAUGUAAUUUUGCUUAUUUCUUUUAAUUUUGUUUGUGUUUUUGUUUUGCUUUUUUCGUGAAACUCGCACAACUUUUAGUGGUUUAUAAAAUAUCGAAUUGUUACCCCUUGAACUUAAAAGAAGGUGGUUGGCUGUAUUUUGAGCCUUUUCAGUAAACAAAAGACAGUUUCGGAUAGUUGACAAUAGUUAGGUAAACUAAUACUGUUUGAGAUUGAACCAUACUCUUUGUCGUUUUUUUUUUUAUAUCCAGGAGAAACAAACGUCAAACAUCAAAACUAAGAGAGAAAUAGUUUAGAGAUGAUCAGCAUGAAUUGGAUCUUCUUUGAAAUUGUUUGAGACAACUGCUUCAAAAGUGGGACAUAUUGAGAAAGAGCAAAUGAACACCAGACAACUGCAUUCAUCUUUUUAGCUUUGUUUUCCUAGGUGCCUAUUCUUAGAGUUUUCUCCCCUCCACUGCCAUGUUAGCUUGCACAAUAAGUCCUUCGUACAACAACAGCCUCAUAGUAGUGGAGCCAUCAGAGAGGAAUAGGUGUUCGACACAUUUAACGAACCUUCUAACUCCUUUUAGUUCGUGAUCACUGGAAAAUAUUGAAAUGAAACUAACAAGCUCACGCAUUUUUAUUUUUUUGUAGUUUGAUUACAAUGUAUUCCUCGUUCUAUGCGGGUCUGAUGACGAUUGUUAAGGUUUUGUUAUUUAAAAGAAAAAAUACGAUGGACUCGUAAGACAUGCAGUUACCUAAAUCCUAAUGCAUUUCGACCAGCUUUGUUAACAAUUUUUUGAAAAUUGUAUAGUUUUAAUUACAGCAUUUUUUACCAGGUUACACACAAAAAGUUACAAUGAAUUAUUAAACUAUAGGAAUUGCGGUAA